AUGCAUUCUCCAGAAAUUAGCCAUUUAUCCGUCCAUAAUGUUAAUACUGCACUCUUUUUCAUUAGAGAGAAUUGGAAGAGUGGUAUGACACAGGCUAUGAUGAAUAUGCCCUUCAUUUUGAAUGCUGGCAACAAUACGGGUGGCAAUCCUUCUGCUGCCUAUACGUCUGCCUUGAUUGGUGGAUUGAUCAAUGGAUUCUUUAGUGGAAGUAAUCAUUCAAUCUAUGCACCAACUUGGGUGGCAGCUGGAUUUAACUAUUAUAUUGUGCAGCAAUAUGGAUAUGAAGCAGUUCCUUGGGUAACCAUCAUGGUUGGAUUAUAAAUAUACAUCCUGAGUCAUUUGAAAUGGCAUCAUUUAAUUGAUUUCAUGCCAAAUUACGUUAUUGAAGGAUAUUAUUUGGGAUUACUAUUUUUAAUUGCAAACGGAUACAUCGAUUAUGCCUUUGGAUUAAGUGAUAUGCAUUCCAAUAGAGGAUUCUAAGUAUAUCAUGAUAGAUUUGAAAUGUAUUAAGAGUUCUUUAGAAGAGGAGAUCUCUAUUAUUUUGGAGCAUCAAUCUUCAUAUUCUUUUUACUCUAUUUUGGUUGGAAGAUAAAUAAGGAUCUGCCUUUGAUUGUAUUAGUGUGUUUAACUGGUUUGUUGGUUGGCAUACUUUUCCCAACAGAAAGGUGUUUAAAGAAUGUUUAUGGAGAUGUAAGUUUAAAACUGUCAUUUAUUGAAAGUGGAGGUCCUCAUUUCUAACCUGACAUGUGGACACUCCUCUUUCUAUUCGUUUAUGCCAUCAAAAUGACAUUCUAUAUCACUAUCCAGAAUUUAUUAUGUGCAAAAGGAGCCGAAUAUUUUACAGGAGUAAAAUGUGAUCAUGAUAAAGAAAUCCUAUGUGUAUCAUUAACUAACAUUUGUGCAGGCAUCUUCAAUAGCAUUCCUUGUUGCGCAUCAAUCAGAUUAAUCAUCUUGAAUAUCAGAGUCAGAAAUAUGAACAGAUGGUCAUCCAUCCUUAAUGGCCUAUCUGUCCUUCUAUUUUAUGGCAUAUUUAGUAGAUACUUUCUAUAAAUUCCACUAUAUUUUGUGAGUGGCAUAUUAUUAUACUCAGCAUAUAUGUGUCCAACCUGGCCCUAUUUAGAAAUGUUAUGGAGAACCAAAAGAAGAUUGAUUUUAGUUAAACAAAUUACAAUAUCAAUCAUUUGUGUAUAUUAUGGAGCUAUUGAAAGCACCAUGAUAGGAAGCAUGUAUGCUAUGUUAUAGUUUGCUGAAAAGAUGAGUGCUGCUGCUUCUGAAAUAAUAGUCAGUUCAGAUGAAAUGCAAAAAAACUCAUUAAUUAAACGAAGUUGUAUCAAAUAAUAGGAUGGAAAUGAUAUGGAAUUGAGAAAUGACUCUUUGGGCAUCGAAGAUGAUUUUCCAGACACUUAAUAAUUUAAGGGAUCUUUUGCAAUCUAUCGUUUCAAUGGAGCCAUUAAUUAUAUUAAUGUCAAAAAUCAUAUUGCUUAAAUUAAAAAACUACCAGAGAGUGAUUACAUUGUACUUAGUUUUCGAUAUGUGAGUGUUUUUGAUGACGAGGCCAUAGACAAAUUAAGUCUUAUGAUUCAAGCACUCAUAAGUUCACAAAGAGAAGUACUCUUUACUGGAUUGAAUCAAGGUAUGAUUGAAGAAAUGAGAUACAAUGAAUACAUGAAUAAUUUCUAUAAAAAACACCGAAAACAUUUUAAAUUAUUGGGCUCCUGA